AUGGACGAGCGAGCGAUUCAUGCAAACGAGCAUGCUGCAAGGGCAAAGGCAACUAGACACCUCCCUCUGAUCUCGGCCUCGCAUCAUCGUGCACUCUUGCUCCUGCUGUCCACUGAAGCAAAUGACGUCCUCCUGACACCACAACAGCGCAGGAACGCCAGGACCCUGCAGGAACACUAUCAUCGACAGUACCUCGAGACUUGCGUCCACAGGGACCCUCUUGCUGCCCCGUCUUCGACAGUCUCCACUACGAGUACUACUGCAGCUGCUGCGAGUGGAGGUGUGAGUAUGGCUGGCAGGAGAAUUGUCGACCGUGUCAACCACAAAGUCAACUUGACGCUAAACAAGAAAUUUGCCAAUCGGCGAUUUACCUCGGCCGUGGACCCAAACGAUCGCAACAUGUUUGAUUAUACCAUGUGCCUUGAGGAUCUUGCAGCUCUGACCUGUCAGCCAGAACUGGAUAUACCGCCAAUGCCGGAGUCACUCAAAUCCCUACAGGAUCGGUCGAACCAGUACAAAGAGGAGGAGGUCAAGGCAGCAGCAGCGGCAGAGGAGUCAGCUAGGUUAGCAGCAGAGGCUGAGGCUGCCGCUUUGGCAAAGGAAACUAGAGCCAAAGAGGAAGCUGCAGCAGCAGCGGCGGCAACAGCGGCUCAGGAAGCGCUCCAACAGGAAGCCGCAGCCACCAAAAACGCAAGGACAGGAUCAACUACCCCACCCGACGUCAUCAUGCGGCCUAUUAACGAUGGCAAGAAUGGCUCCAUCAAAUCUCAUCCGCACGAUUCUGCUGUUACUCCCCUGUCAAGGACACAAAGGAAUCAACCCGCUGCUCCAACGAUACCAGUACCGAGUACAUCCAGGGCAAAAUAUGCGGCUUACGGUGACGACGAAGAUGACGACGACCGAAGCGAUCCUGUCCCUGUUCCUGAUUACCGACCUGUCGCGAAUAGUUUUUCGAAUGGGAUCGAUCGCCACAGCAAGAAACGGACAUGGAAUGAUCGAUCAGAUGCAACAGAAAACGCCAGCAAGCCAGCACAGUUCAUCACAGCGAAGGAGCAACUGGCUAUUGAAGAGCAGUUGCAGGAAGAAAAGAAGGCAAACCAUUACAUGAAUCGCGGAGGAUUCACCAGUCCGGCGAACAACCCUUAUACGGUGUUAAAUAACAACAACAUGAACGGGAACAACUACUCGAACGGCAACACCAACUCCGGGAGCACCUCCAAUGCGGCGACCUUGAAGUCCAAGAUGCUGGGAACCAAGCGACCGAAAUUCAAGUCGCCGAUUAAUAGGACCAACAGCGCCGAGAACAACGAUGAGGGUACCAAAACGACCAAGCCUGCAGACGGGGCCGAGGAGCUUAUAGACGACAGGCUGAAGAAUAUUGACCCCAAGAUGAUCGAGUCCAUCAAGAACGAGAUCAUGGAGUCGUAUGCUGCUGUCACCUGGGAGGACAUUUCCGGAUUGGAACACGCCAAAAAGACCAUCAAGGAGACUAUCACAUGGCCAAUGCUCCGGCCCGAGAUCUUUACUGGCCUCCGACGCCCUCCAAAGGGACUUUUGCUGUUUGGUCCGCCAGGUACAGGAAAGACGAUGAUUGGCAAGUGCAUCGCCAGUCAGUCCAAGGCUACGUUCUUUAGCAUCAGCUCGUCUUCAUUGACCUCGAAAUGGGUCGGUGAUGGAGAGAAGAUGGUGAGGGCGCUUUUUGCAGUUGCGCGGUGUCAUCAACCUGCGGUUAUCUUUAUGGACGAGAUUGACUCGCUUCUGACCCAGCGCACCGACGGUGAGGUCGAGGCUUCAAGGAGGAUCAAGACAGAGUUUUUGGUGCAGUUUGAUGGCGUCGGAGUAGGUGGAGAGGAGGAUCGGAUCUUGAUUGUGGGUGCGACGAACCGACCGCAGGAGAUUGACGAAGCGGCGCGACGUCGGUUCCAAAAACGAUUGUACAUCCCUCUUCCCGAGUACGAGGGCCGCAUGGGGUUGAUAAACAAGCUUUUGGAGUCCCAACCGCAUGAGCUGAACGAGGAUCACAUUAAGGAUAUCUGCGAACGCACUGCAGGGUAUUCGGGAUCGGAUAUGACGGGUCUCUGUCGAGAAGCAGCUCUGGGACCUGUGCGGGCGAUUCAAGGAGAUAUUUUGGAUAUUGGGCUUGAUGAUUUGAGGCCGAUCAACCAUGGCGAUUUCUUGGAGGCGUUGUCGCAAGUGAGGGCUAGUGUCAGCGACCGCGAUUUGGAUCUUUAUAAGGAGUGGGACCAGGAAUAUGGUUCUAUGGCCAAAGGUUCCUAG